AGGCGUGGCUAGUGUUGCAUCUCCGUGGCAGUGACGUCACAGGAGGAGCAGAAGAUGCCGUUCGAGGAGCAGAAGUUUCUUUACCCUUUUUACUUCCUCUGCCGACUUAUCGAACAUGAAUUCAGAACAUCUCAGAGGUCCUAAAUGCGCUUGUCGGUGGCCGGGACGCACGCACACUUGAAGAUGGCAAAAGUUUGGAAUGUUUUUGUGUUUUCGCUGCUCGUCUUGGCGGGAGGACGCGCUGCCGAGAGGCCGAUCGGCGGCUCGUGCAUCGAUACGCGGUGUGACGUCAUCCACCAACAAUCCGGCGACUUUGCGAGCGCGCAUAAGCGGUGCGAAGAACAAAACGGCCACUUAGCGAGCGUGCGCUCGGCCGAGUCACUUGACAGACUCUCGGCGCUCCUCGGGAACGUUUCGGGCUCCUUCUGGGUCGGUCCGCGGCGUUCGAGCGGAUGCCCGGAUGUGACGUCCCCUCUCCAAGGCUACGAGUGGCCGACGAACGAAAGUGAAAGUGUUUCGGACACUCUUGACCGCGGCUGCAUCUCUCCAAGUUGCGUCACCGUGACAGCGGAGGGGGGCUUGCAGUGGGAGCAGGAGGGCUGUGACGCGCCGCUCAGCGGCUUCGUGUGUACGCACCACUUCAGCUACGCCUGCACGCGCCUGGCAGACGGAGACGUCAGGUACGACACCCCCUUGGGUUUUGGGGGGGAGGAGCUUCUCUCCCUGCCGCCCGGAAGUAUCGCAACUCGGAUGCCGAGCGAGCUGAAAUUCGUGUGCUUCUCCAAAAAGUGGCUUCCGGCUCCGUGGAGCUGCGAGAUCUUCCAGGGGGGCUGCGAGCACGCAUGCGUACACGCGGGUCCUGACCGGACGCCAUCCUGCUUCUGCCCACCUGGCCUCUCCGUGAACCCGCUCAACAAAGUCACGUGCACCAAGGACCCGGACGACCCGUGUGCGCGCCUGGGCUGCGAGCACGCCUGCGUGGAGGACCCGCGCGGCGCCCACUUGUGCACGUGCACGCACGGUUUCAGACUUGCACCCGACGGACGCACGUGCGUGGACUUUAACGAGUGCUCGGACGCGCGCCAGUGCCCCGGGGAGAACUUCCGGUGCGUGGACUCCCCGGUCGGCUUCAAGUGCGCGUGCGCGGACGGCUUCAAGCUGAUGGGCGGCAGGUGCGCGGAUCAGGACGAGUGCGCGUCGGCUCCCUGCGAGCACUUGUGUCACAACACCGGCGGAAGUUACUUGUGCUCUUGCUACGAUGGCUACGUCCUGCUCGGGAACAGCUGCAAGCUGCACUGCGGCAAAGAAGAGUGCCCCGCCGAGUGCGACCCCAACAACAGGUACCAGUGCGCCUGCGCUGAUGGCUACAUCGCCGAGGAGAGAGAGCAGCACACCGUGUGCAUCGACAUCGACGAGUGCGCCUUCUCCUACUGCGACCAGCUGUGCCGCAACACCUUCGGCUCCUUCACCUGCUCCUGCCGCCCAGGCUUCACCUUGACCAAGGAGGUGUUCUGCGCGCGCGAGGAAUGGGAGGGUUCCGGUCAGGCCACCGCCGGCCCCGACCGUCACGUGACCCCGCCCGCUCCCACACUGCGGCCUUCGACGCUCUCGCCGGGCGGACUGGCGGCCAUCUUGGUCUGCUGCACGCUUGCGGUGGUGCUGCUGGUCCUCCUGGUCCACCUAGUCUGCUGCAAACGCAGCCGAGUGGAACGGGACCUCGUGAUGGAAGUGGCGGGAGCAGAGGCAGUCGACUUCCGCAAGAUGGAGGCGGACGCUUGACGCAAAGGAGUACGAGUAUCGAAUGUUAACGUGCUUUUUCUAGCUUAAUUGCUCACAUCCAGCUCAUUUUCACCACAUUGGAGUUGUUAUGAAAUGUUGGCUCCACAUUUUCUAUCUAAAUGUUAAAUUUUGUCCUAAAUGGCAAAUCUAAACCAAAAGGUAAAAUAUAAGUCUAAAUGUAAAAUGUCUACCUCAAUGGCAAAUCUAAACCUAAAUGUUAAAUUUAAACCUAAACGGCAAAACUAAACCUAAAUAUUAAAUCUAAAUCUAAAUGCUAAAUCUAUACCUAAAUGGCAAAUCUAAACCUAAAUGUCAAAUCUAAAUAUUACAUGUUAAACCUAAAUAGCAUAUCUAAAUGUUAUGUCUAAAUCUAAAUGUUAAAUCUAAAUGUUCAAUGUCUACCUAAAUGGCAAAUCUAAACCUAAAUGUUAAAUCUAAAUGUUACAUUUUAAACCUAAAUGGCAUAUCUAAAUGUUAUGUCUAAAUGUUAAAUCUAAAUGUUAAUUCAAAAUGUUACAUUUCUACCCAAAAGGGCAAAUCUAAAUCUGAAUGUUAAAUCUAAAUGUUAAAUUUAAGUCUAAAUAUAAAAUGUAUAUCUAAAUGGCAAAUCUAAACCUAAAUGUUAAAUCCAAAUGUUAAAUUUCAACCUAAGUGGCAAAUCUAAACCUAAAUAUUCAAUCUAAAUGUUAAAUUUAUACCUAAAUGGCAAAUCUAAAUGUUAAAUGUAAACCUAAAUGGCAAAUCUAAACCUAAAUGAUAAAUCGAAAUCUAAAUGUAAAAUCAAAAUGUUACAUUUCUACUUAAAUGGCAAUUAUAAACCUAAAUGUUAAAUCUAAAACUAAAUGUUAAAUUUAAGUCUAAAUGUUCAAUUUCUACCUAAAUAGCAAAUCUAAAAAUACAUGUUAAAUCUAAAUCUAAACCUAAAUGUUAAAUCAAAACCUAAAUCUUAAAUCUAAAUCUAAAUGUUAAAUUUAUACCUAAAUGAAAAAUCUAAACCUACAUGUUAAAUCUGAAUGUUACAUUUUAAAACCUAAAUGGCACAUCUAAACCCAAUUGUUAAAUCAAAAUGUUAAAUUUAAACCUAAAUGGCACAUUUAAACCUAAAUGUUAAAUCUAAAUGGUAUUUUUUAAACCUAAAUGGCAAAUCUAAACUUAAAUGUUAAAUCUAAAUCAAAAUGUUAAAUUUAAAUCUAAAUGUUGAAUUUCAACCUAAACAUUAAAUCUAAACCUAAAUGUUAAAUCUAAAUGUCAGCACUAAAUGUUAAACCUAAACCUAAAUGGUAAAUCAAAACCUAAAUGUUAAAUCUAAAUUAUAAACUUAAAUGUUAAAUAUAAACCUAAAUGUUAAAUCUAAACCUUAAAUCUUAAUAUAAAUGUGAAUGCUAAACCCAGUGUAAAGAUGAAUAUUCAUAGGAUGUCAAUAUUCCACCAAUCUGACGCCCCUCAGCCACAAAGCCACGUCCACUUCUCUGCCUCCCAGUGCAGACCCCAGUGCAGAGGAUCAUACACCUUUAUUACUGCACAAAAAGGAAAUAUGACAGAUAAAUAUUUAAAAAAAAAAAAGUUAUCUCCAAAUGUGUGAGUGCACAAGGUGUGCUCCAUGAAGUCAGUUGGACAGUCAAACACAUCGGCUCCCGCAUUUGAUAACCAAUGCCCCCCGCGACCCCGAAGGGAAUAAGCGGAGGAAAUGGAUGGAGGCUGUUGGGGUAGGGCUAACCCUAACCCUAACCCUAUUUGUCUGUGUCGUUCAUCAUUUAGCUGCCCUGUUACUUUGGGUUUUGAUUUAACACUUCGAUUUAGAUUAAACAUAUAGGUUUAGAUUAAACAUUUAAUAUAAAAUUCAACAUUUAGCGUUCACAUUUAUGUUAAAAUUUAACAUUUGAUUUUAGAUUUAACAUUUAGACUUAGAUUUAACAUUUACAUUUAGGUUUAGAUUAAACAUUUACAUUUAUUUUUAGAAUUUAGGUUUAGAUUUAACAUUUAGACUACCGUAUUUCCUUGAAUUGCCGCAGGGCAUAUAGUAUGCACCUGCCUUGAAUUACUGCUUCCCAAAAUAAUUAGCGCAUGCUUAGUAUUACCGCCUGGUCAAACUCGUGACGUCACGAGUGACACUUCCCCUAUCAUCAUUUUCAAAAUGGAGGAGGCUGAUUUCAAAACCGGUACUUUGAAAUCGCAUAAAGGGAAAAUGAUUAAGAGCUAUUCAGUAGGAUUUAAGCUCCAAGCUUACAUCACACUCAAAUUUUUACUGCAUACCUUUGGCAAGUGCCGGAGUGAGAAGAGGUUUUAAAAUAAUUAGUGCAUGCUUACUUUUACCGCAUGUCUUUGGUAAGCGCAGGAGUGAGAAGAGGUUUUAAAUAAUUAACGCCCCGGCGGCAAUUCAAGGAAAUAAGGUAGAUUGAAGAUUUAGCAUUUAAUUUUAGAUUUAGGAUUUUGGUUUAAAUUUAACAUUUACGUUUAGAUUUAACAUUUACAUUUAGAUUUAACAUUGAUGUUUAGAUAUAAGAUUUAAGUUUAGAUUUAAGCUGUAGGUUCAGAUUUAACAGUCAAGAUUUAAGUUUAGAUUUAACAUAGAUUUAUUUAUAAGAUUUGAGUUUUGAUAUAAAAUUUAGAGUCAACAUUUGAUUGAAACUUGAAAAGUGUGAUGAAAAUUAGUUAAAUGUGAGAAAUAUCUGCUAACAAAGUGUGAGUGAAUGUUUAAAUUGGACAUCCCAUAUGGGAACCAGAAAGAAGCAUGUUGAUUGGGUUUAUGGACACAGCAAAUAAUGAGCAGACAGAUUACAAUAUGAUGAACAUUUCAUGAUUUUAUCAAUAUUUGACUUCUGACCUCAGUGGUUCAAUCGACACGGAACACGUAGACAAAGUUUGGAUUGUUGAUUGAGAAGAACACAACACGUGCUUGUCAGUAAUAACAUUUAUAUAAUUGUAAUUAUGCAGCUUUCAUCAAAUAUAUAUUUGCCCAUAUACGUCAUUUUGUGAAUACACACACACUAUAUAUAUAUAUAUAUAUAUAUCCACACACACAUAUACAUAUAUACACACAUAUACUCAGUGGCCUUAGUAGGCUGUAAGUUCAAAACCCCGCCCAAUUCAUACCAACAAACAACAAAGACUAUAAAAAACAUGACCCAUUACCUCCCUGCUUGGCACUCAGCAUAAAUGGUUGGAAUUGGGGGUUAAAUCAUCAAAAAUGAUUCCCGGGCGCGGCCACCGCUGCUGCCCACUGUUCCCCUCACCUCCCAGGGGGUGAACAAGGGGAUGGGUCAAAUGCAGAGGACAUAUUUAACCACACUUAGUGUGUAUGUGACACUCAGUGGUACUUUAACUUAACUUAAUAUGUAUUUACACAUAUAUAUAUUUAACUAUAUGUAUAUGCAUGUCAAAACAUGUAUAUACAUAUAAUAUUUUAUGUGUCAUAGUACAUGCAUCUUUAUGCAGAUUCAGCAGCUCUAUCCUAGUUAAAUAAAAAUUGCUAAUGUUAAAUAAAUCUGCUUCUUCUGCUGCUCACCAAUCUUUCAGUCCGGUUGUGCCACCAAGUGGCAAGAAACUGUACUGCAGGUAAAAUGAUUAUAGUUGACCGCGUGGGUUCCCUCAGGGUACUCUGGCUUCCUCCCACCUCCAAAGACAUCCAUCUGUGUUGGCCCUGCGAUGAGGUGGCGACUUGUCCAGGGUGUACUCGAAUGCAGCUGAGCUUGGCUCUAGCGACCCCAAAAGGGACAAGCGGUAGAAAUGGAUGGAUGGAUGGAUUUAUUAAUAAAGGAAGACGACAAUUGUGAUGAAAGACAAUUAUUAUUAUUAUUACUCAAUAAGCCUUUUAUAGGACCUUGUUUAUAAAUAACAAUAAAUCAAUAUAAUGAUUAUAUAAACACACACAUACAUAAAUAUAUACACACACAUAUUUAUACAUACAGUCGUGGUCAAAAUUGUACAUACACUUGUAAAGAACAUAAUGUCAUGGCGGUCUUGAGUUCCCACAAAUUUCUACAACUUUUAUUUUUUGUGAUAGCGUAAUUGGAGCACACCCUUGUUGGUUGACAUUAAUGAAGUCUGGUUCUUUUAUGAAUUUAUUAUGGGUCUACUGAAAAUGUGACCAAAACUGCUGGGUUAAAAGUAUUCACACAACAAUAUUAAUAUUUGGUUACAUGUCCCUUGGCAAGUUUCACCGCAAUAAGGUGCUUUUGGUAGCCAUUCACAAGCUUAUGGCAAGCUUAGGGUUGAUUUUUUGACCACUCCUUGUCACGGUGCGGGCUUGAACCCACUUUUCUCCGGCAGCUGGGUCUGCCAGCUCCUUCGUUGACAGUGCGCUACAGCGCGCCGAGACACGUUCACAUGCCGGCAAGGCUAUGGACAAUCAGCAAUCAACACACCUGGGACUGAUGAGGGCGAGCUGUAUAUACUGUAGACCAGUCCACCCAAGGAUCCUCGCCGGAACUUAAUCUUCUGUUCCCUGUUGCGAAUUUUCUUCCGUCGCCUUGGUUUCAAGCUGCGUUUCGCUCCCUUGGACUCCCCCUGGACUCCCCCUGGAUCUCGACUGCCUUCCCGGAUCUCGACCCCCUCGCAUGGACACAGACUCUGAUGCCUCUCUCUCUUGUCUUGGAUCUUUUGCCUGUCUCACGGACUUCCCAAAUCAGCCUGGCCCUCUUGGACUUCCGAGAUUGGAACAAAACCUCCCGGGGAGGAUUGAAUGCAGUGCAAAUAUUGCAAAUUCAAAAGCUCCAAUCAAGAGAUAUCUGAAGAAUUUCAUGGCAUCACCAGCAGAGACCUCCUGAAGACUUUCAAUGAGUCCCUUUAGAAUUAUGUGCCUCGCCUGCUCAGACUGUACCGGGCUAGAAAGGGAGCUUUUGGUCAGCAAAUAGAAGACUUCCUGGAUAAGCUAGAUGAACAGGAAAGUGACCCUGAAGAAAGAGUGCUCAGAGGCGUGUCUGUUGGCAUCCUUACAAUCCUUUAAGAAGAUGAUCCUGCUGGAUCACCCAACGUACGGGACUGGGCUGUUGUGUUGCAAGGUUCCAUCGUGCUACAUGACCUGCCAGACCUCGGUACUGCCUUUGCAUACCUCUUUGGCCUACUGUAUGCCAUGAACAUUUAUUAUCCAAAGGAGAUGAAGUACACCUUUGAAGCAAUUCAGUCAGUGCUCUCAGCGGACAAGGUCUCUGAAAACAAAGCUUUUGCUGUGACUCUUAAUGUGGAAGCCAACCGAUGUUUUCUGCCUGUUCUAGUGCAUUGUGGUUGGUGCUCAUAUAAAACUUCACAGCCAGUGAUUUAAAAUAUGCAAGACCUUACGGAAAACAAUGAUAUCUUUUUUUUUUUAAAUGUAUUUACAAUUAAGUGAAAUACACAGUUUUUUGUUUUUUUUUUUCAAAAUGUAUCUAACAUUGUGUGAGAUUCACAAAAUGCCAUCAUGCUACAUAACCCGCCAGACCUCGGUACUGCCUUUGCAUACCUCUUUGGCCUACUGUGAUGUGUGAUAUUUCUACCUGAAGAAAUGCUUCUGAUAUUUUGUACAUUACAUGUUGUACAAGUUAAUGGUCUUCAUAUUGCUGCGGGACAAUGUUUAAACCUUCUCAAUUAAUAAAAUGUAACAGUCAGCCUGCUAAUCAUUCUGUAAUUGAGGACUCAACCAGAACAUGUUAUAAAAUAAUUUAUAUAAUAUUUCAGCCAAAUUUUUUCCCCCACCCGCCCUCAUAUUUCUAAACUUAUCAUUUCUCUAGGUGCAAAUAUCACAGACUAACAUUCCAAAAUAUCUCUGACAAAGCAUGAUCGUAAUGGAAGACAUUUUUUUUUCAUGUCAGAGUUUCCCCUAAAUUGCCAAAAUACCUGUGGUGGUGGGGGGGUGGUAAGGUGCAUGGUCAAUAUGACGUCAUCGCAUGAUUUGCUAUGAUGCAAAUAUUUUCUUUAAAAAGGGAUGUAAAUACACUUUUAAAACAAAUCUGCUAUUAAGUAAUGUAUUAACAUAUAUUUUUCUUACAAAACAUUGUUUUAUUCUAUUUUUAAAUUGUUGCUGCUUAUUGUACAUUGUACUUUAUUGAGACUUUUUUCUAUUUUGAAAAUGUCUCCAAUCCUUUUAGUCACUCUAUUUUUAAUAAAAACGACUGUCUACAAAUCUAGCAUCUAUUUCUGGUGUUGUUGGAGACUGUACUUGUGUUUAGAGACCGUUUAGAUUCUAUUUCACCAUGUCCAUGACGAAUGGCACAAUUGUUUGGCGUUGUUGGGAGCCUUUCUCUCAUUAAAAGCUGGCAGUGUCAUCUUAAAUCGUCAAGAUGGCGGGUAUAUCUCCAAUAUAUUAAAGUAUGUCCACAGCGCGGACAACCCUGUGCGUGUAGCUUACAUCAUAACAACAUCGAGUUUGGGUACACUGUUCUGGUGAUUAAAGUGCGUCUUUCUCCGGCCAAAUUUUUGGUGCAUCAUUAGUUAAUCCGUAAAUAAUAAACUAUAUUUAGCCCUAAUACUGUAACUUCCUGCUGGUGUUAAUAUGUAUGUCAGUGUGUUAUGUGUUAUUUUUCCCACACACCAACACACUGUGUCGGCGGAGGAUGAUCAAGUGCUGUGUGUCUUGGAGUGAAGCACAGAGACAGACAUGUGUGCAGGGAGGAAAUACUUGCUGAAAUUGUGACUGUUUGCAUAUUAUUGGCAAUAAAAAUUAAAAAGAG